AUGGAUUUUUCAAAGGGAUUAUUAGUUGAGUUUCUCGUCCUUGAAGGUCCGCGUCCGUUUCGAUGUACUGUAUGCACCAAAAGCUUCUGCCGUGCAUACACCUUAUCCUUGCAUAUGAAGAUGCAUGUGACUGGCCACCGCCAUUUUUGUCAAUUAUGUGGGAGGUGGUUCAAAUCGAUGAUCGCCCUUGCUGAACAUGAGAACACAUGUUUGGCGUUAUUAAAUGGUGAUUUUGUCAACACUGAUCGCCCUUUUCGGUGGCAGUGCUCGUACUGUGAGAAAAUGUUCCAUCAUAGGAGAGAUAAGAAUAUCCAUGAAAGAGUGCACACAGGAGAGAAGCCAUACGCGUGUGGAUAUUGUGGCAGAGGGUUUUCGCAGUCGCAGACGCUGACAAUACAUAUCAGGACGCACACUGGUGAGAAACCGUAUCCUUGCAGCGUAUGUGGGCAAGAGUUUAGGGAUAGUUCUGCACUCCGGAAACAUGAAUACAGGCAUACUGCGAUUCCCGCUUCGUCGGUAGUGUCAUCACUGUAUGAGGAUUCUACAAUAGAAAUAGGGAUGGAUGACGAACGUUUAUGGAAUAAUAGGGGAAUAUUGAUUGUGAAAAUGGAAACCCAAUACGAUGCCCAAGAUGAUCUCCUUUCACUUGUGAUGCUAUAG